CCGCCGGAGGAAGCAGCGCGGGCCUGGACCGGCGUUGGCCCGCCGCCUCCGUCGCCACCGCGCCUGUGUCCGAUUCUUCUGGCCUGGCCAGACUCGGUCCGGCACGCCUGGGCUCAGCGGCCGCGGGGCCGCGGCUCCCGAUGGAAAUUAUAUGACAAAGACUAUUUGGGUGACAUCUUCCUGAAAGAUCUUCAAGAAUUACAGAAGACAAAAACACUAAUGCAUUUGAGAACGUGGUAAAGUUUGGGGGGAGGGGAAAAUACUGCUUUCCUGAUCUGCAACUUGGCUGGAUGUUAAGAUGUCUGUGGACAUGAAUAGCCAGGGGUCUGACAGCAAUGAAGAGGACUAUGACCCAAAUUGUGAGGAGGAGGAAGAGGAUGAAGACCCUGGGGACAUAGAGGACUAUUACGUGGGAGUAGCCAGCGAUGUGGAGCAGCAGGGGGCCGAUGCCUUUGAUCCUGAGGAGUACCAGUUCACCUGCUUGACCUACAAGGAGUCUGAGGGUGCCCUCAAUGAGCACAUGACCAGCUUAGCCUCUGUCCUAAAGGUAUCUCAUUCAGUUGCUAAACUUAUAUUAGUUAAUUUCCACUGGCAAGUCGCAGAGAUACUGGACAGGUACAAGUCUAAUUCUGCUCAGCUGCUUGUUGAGGCUCGAGUUCAGCCCAGUCCAUCGAAACAUGUCCCCACAGCCCAUCCCCCUCACCACUGUGCAGUGUGUAUGCAGUUUGUGCGGAAGGAAAACCUACUGUCUCUGGCCUGUCAGCACCAGUUUUGCCGUAGCUGCUGGGAGCAGCACUGCUCAGUACUUGUCAAGGACGGCGUGGGUGUGGGUGUCUCUUGCAUGGCUCAGGACUGCCCACUCCGAACACCAGAGGACUUUGUGUUUCCAUUGCUGCCCAAUGAAGAAUUGAGAGACAAAUACAGGCGCUACCUCUUCAGGGACUACGUGGAGAGUCACUACCAGCUCCAGCUGUGCCCUGGUGCAGACUGUCCCAUGGUUAUCCGGGUACAGGAGCCCAGAGCUCGCCGAGUACAGUGCAAUCGGUGCAACGAGGUCUUCUGUUUCAAGUGUCGUCAGAUGUAUCACGCCCCCACAGACUGCGCUACAAUCCGGAAAUGGCUAACGAAGUGUGCAGACGACUCUGAAACAGCCAACUACAUUAGUGCUCACACUAAAGACUGUCCCAAGUGCAACAUCUGCAUUGAGAAGAACGGAGGCUGCAAUCACAUGCAAUGCUCCAAGUGUAAACACGACUUCUGCUGGAUGUGUCUGGGAGAUUGGAAGACCCAUGGCAGCGAGUAUUAUGAGUGCAGUCGGUACAAGGAGAAUCCCGACAUUGUCAAUCAGAGCCAGCAAGCCCAGGCCAGGGAGGCCCUCAAGAAGUACUUGUUCUACUUUGAGAGGUGGGAAAACCACAACAAGAGCUUGCAGCUGGAGGCACAGACUUACCAGCGGAUUCAUGAGAAAAUUCAGGAGAGGGUCAUGAAUAAUCUGGGGACAUGGAUCGACUGGCAGUACCUACAGAACGCUGCCAAGCUCUUGGCCAAGUGUCGAUACACCCUGCAGUACACGUACCCGUAUGCAUACUACAUGGAAUCUGGACCCAGGAAGAAGCUGGCCCUGCCCCGGCUACAGCCCCCUCUCCUUUUGACCCUCCUGCUCUACCCAUACAGUUUGAAUACCAGCAGGCUCAGCUGGAGGCUGAGAUCGAAAACCUGUCAUGGAAAGUGGAGCGUGCGGACAGCUAUGACAGAGGGGACUUAGAGAACCAGAUGCACAUAGCAGAGCAGCGGAGGAGAACCCUGCUGAAGGAUUUCCAUGACACCUAGGUUGGGACAUGGACAUGCCGGAGUGAGGAAGAUGUGGCUGCAAGGUCUCCCGGCUGCCAUACUGCAUGCUGCAGGCUCUGCCUUUCACGACCCCAGGCGACAGCCAGGGCCCCACUCCUGAGAGACACUGGCCACACACCUCUUAGUCAAUUUCUGUUUUUUUCUCAUCUUUUCGCUUUUUGUUUCUACCAGGGUAGAGGCCAUGUUGAAUUGGCCUCUUUUCAGGACCUUCAAUUCCCCCUGGAUGGUUAUUGGGAGGGAGGGAAAGUUUUUUCUGAAUGACUAUUAAUAGUAUUAGAUCAUUACAACUUAUGUAAUUGUCAAAGGUUGUACAAUUAUACAAAAGGGGGCAAACCAUAGAAUUACACAGAACCCUUUUUAAAAAUAAAUUGGCAUUGGAGUGUUUUACCCUCUAGCUAUUUUACUUAGAAUGUAACGUAUGCUGCCUGCCCACCUUUCCUCAGAAUGUCUACUUACUGCAAGAGGUUUCCCAGGGUGGCCUUCACUUUCCAGAUUCAUAUGUGUUUGGUACAGCUAGAGUCCCAAGGGAAGAGUAUGGGCGGCAGAUGGUGGGAAACUGAGUAGGCCUGUGUAACAGGUGUGGAGCACAGGGAAUCACAUUGUGCCUCCUGCCUGGUCCUUGUAGACCCUUUAGUGGUCAGGUAUGCUGCCUUAACCUUGACAGUGAGGAGACAGUACAGAACAGAGUCUUGCCGUGGUGUGUCAGUCGUGUCUGAUGGCGCUGCAGGCCUGUGGACUGAUGUUUAUUCUUGAAAGUGAGGUUUACCUAGGACUGGCUACUGAGGCCAGAGCCCACAGCAUACCCCGUAGGUGGGCUUGUGGCCCUCCAGACCAGGGGACGUGAGUUCAGCAGUUUCGUUUUGUCUCCUAAAGCUAGAGAUUCACUUUUAAAGGGAAUUGUUCUCCCAAAUAAAUUUGUUUUACCUUGGUCCCUUCUUUUGUGCCAGUGUUCCAGUGGUGUAACUCUGACCAGGUUCACACGCAGCCGUGCCUGACAGUGUCCUGCCACACUCUCCUCUGGUGAACGUCAGGGUCAGAGUUCAGCAUGGCCCUCCCAUGGGCUCUGGUCGGCCUGGCUCAGGGGCCUUAUUUGCACAGGUGGUUUUCAUGUUACUUGGAGUGUGUGUCUCCAUGUUACCUGCUGUGGGGGUUGGAUGUGCUCCCCCUGGCCUGGUUCAAGCUGUUGGAGGAGAUCAUCUCUUGGGUCUGGGAAUCUGAGGCCAGGAGGGUCUUUGGUUUGUGGUCCCAGUUCCUGUGCUAGAGAGGCUGGACAGAGGACGGGGCCAGCUUUUCCACAGUUAGGACAAAGGAACAAGUGGUUUGUGUGGUAUCCUGCCUGUCCUGAAGUUGGUGCUGAGGGCCUUUCAGAAAUUACACCUGUGAUCUCCUGGGGUGCCUGUGGCCUUUUUCAGUGCCUCCACUCUGAGACUGGCAGAACUGUCUGUAUUCAGCAGGGCCUCCUUGACCUCCUGGAAGAGUUGCUUGGGAGAUCUGUGAUUAAAUAUUGUGUUGGAAAUUCUUUGAUAUGCAAACAUUUUCACCUCAGUCAGUAAUUUCCCAGGUACCAUGUAAGCUGUAAACUGAAUCACUCUUGGGGACAGAGGACAGCUGUCCCCUUGGGGUCAUGGGGUACAUGGCUGGUUGCAGGCUCCCUUUCUCCCCACUCAGGUUUUGCCUCUUCUUCUUAUCCCCUGCAAGGGAGGGAUAGUGGGGUGGAGUGAGGGGAUAAGUUAGGAGUGUAGCAGAUGAACCCAGAAUUGGAUGGUGGUGAGCUAACUGAAUGAGGAGAGUGCCUGCUGGGGGUACCUAGGGGUGGGGCGUGACUGCUGCAUUGGCACAUGGAAGAUCCUGGCAUCUGAAGCCUUUACCUCUCCAAUGCGUCCUUUCUCUGUCACCACCCUGGCACAGGCAGGACCUGAGUUGCAGCUCUGUACCUUAAGUCAUACCCUGGGCAUCCCUGGGCGUUUUUGGACUGCACAGCUGCCACAUAGUGCACUUGCAUCCAGCCGUGGCCCCAACAAUUGGAGCUGCAGCAGGUUCUGUGUCCAGACUGCAGCCUUUGACCUGUGGAGAGCUUCCUUUUGUGCUCCAAGUGGCUGUCCCUCGUUAAUAUCAUCAGGAAGAUGGGAAAAGUCAGGAUUUUUCUGCCCUGCAAAGGAAGGCACGGUGUUUUCAUGAAUUUACCGUGUGUCUUUGUCUUCUUCAAAGAAAAAGUUGAGGCGAUGUCAUCUGCUCAAAGUUGAGUGGUUUAUUCAAAAUAAACUGAAAGUUUCUGAUUAUAAAA